AUGGAUGAUCUUCUUCCUGCGCUUCCUCCGGCAAGGUGGCAGGUGCAGGAAGAUGAUCAGCUGAUACUAGCCUGCGAGAUUAAGAUGAACAAACGUGCUGCGCAGACCAAGGAAUACAACAUAUUCCUCAUUAUUCGCAGGCAGGGACCUUCGGACCCGGUCAAGAAGACCCCGAAGAAGGUGGCAAAGAGGACAACACGGAAGUCCAAGCCAGAGGGCAUCAAGGAGGAGGAGGUUGAUACCGUGGCUGAGUUGAUCAAACAGGAGGGUGACGCCCUCGCUGAUAUCAAGCAGGAGGUUGAUGCCCUCGAGCAGCAAGUUGAUGCCUUUGCUGAGAGAGUGUCUGAACCGGUGUCUGAACCGUUUUCUGAUCUCAUGCCGCCUGAACUCCUAUUUAGGCCGCUGACAGAACAACAGGAAUGGGAGGGUUCGUGGAAGACCAUACGGCGGGUUCAGACCCCCUGUUCAGGCGGCAUGAGAUCAGAAAACGGUUCAGACACCGGUUCAGACACCGCUCCAGACACUCUCUCAGCAAAGGCAUCAACUUGCUGCUCGAGGCAUCACCCUCCUGUUUGA